AUGGCCAUCAUCAUCAUCAAUAACCAGACCCAAACUUCAUCUUUGUCUUUGUCUUUGUCUCCAGAAUCGCAACAGGAACAAGACAACCACAAAACCUCGACGCCCGUCGCCAUCGACAUCGACAUCGGCCCAGGUGGACCUGAUCUUUCUCCUUCUACAACCACCACCACCACCACCACCACAACAGGGCAGGUCGAGGUUGAGGUUCAGGACGUGCUGGCCACGAUCCGCGCCAACCUCGCCCUCGUCGAGCGCACCUGGGGUCGCGAGAGUCGGCAGCACCGCGACGCGAGGGCCCUCAUGCUGGCGUAUCUCGAGGAAAAUGUGCUCCGUCGCAGGCUCCGACACCACCAGCGGGACAGGGACGAGGGUUAUGGGCGGCAGAGGGAGGGGGAGGGAGAGGGAGAUGUGGAUGUGGACAUGGACAGCACAAUGGACACAGGUAGGGGAACGGGAAUGGAUAUGGAUAUGGAUAUGGAUAUGGAUAUGGACACGGAUGGGAAAAGGAAAAGGGACCUGGAACUAGAGCUGGAUAGAGGGAUCGAACAGGUGUUGGCCGAGUUGAGGUUGUCGUGA